UACCUGGACGCGGACGCGAACAGGUAGUCGGACACGUGUGCGGACGAGUGUGUGGGUGCCGUGCGUGCCCGCGUCUCGAAAACGCGUCGGGCCAGACGGAUAUAUAAGGCCCGCCGCUCUCGGAAAUGGAAUCAGUCUUCAACAUGUUGCGCCCAUUGCAUUUCGUGCUCCUUCUCUCUGCGUUCGCUUUCCUCACCUUCGCCUCUGCCUUAGAGGCCAAGGAAGCAUCCGCUUCCGUACAGAGUGAGAUCGAAGCACCGGCUGCUGCGAAUGAUUUAGAAGCGGACGCCUCUGGCUACUACGGAGGAUACCGACCAUACUACGGCGGCUACGGCGGCUACGGCGGCUACGGCGGCUACGGCGGCUACGGAGGAUAUGGAUACGGUAGAGGAUACUAUCCUGCAGUCUACCGAGGAGGAUACUACGGCGGCAGGGGCUUCGGCAAAGGAUGGGGUUAUGGCGGCUAUUGGGGUUGAUGCGACUCAGCACCUCCUAACUGAGUGAUAUCUCAUCACUGUCAACAAGUCCCUGGCCUUUCUUACUAAUGUCCGAAUUCUCUAAAAACACGCGAAGCUUUCGACAGCUUUGUUAGUUCUGUAAGUUUUAUCGGAGUCUGCAUUGCAUAAAAACGAAUAAAUAAAAUGUAAAAAAGAGA